AAGAUUUGUCAUUGACAACACAGAUGGACUGCGAAAGAGGAAUACAAAUGAUGAGAAUGCCAAAUUAUCAUCACCUCAGAGAAGAUAUGUGAUAAGGGACUCUUGGAUGGUGUGGAGAUGUACGCCUUCUACUCCCUUUUAGUCUACAUCUUCUACACUGUCUUUAAGAGGGAAGAGGAAGAGGCAUUGGAGGGAGCAUGUGGAGCUUCCUCAGAUGAGCCAGGACCUGUUUCCAUGGAAACAGGGAGCAGGAGGAGAGAUGGCCACACCCCCAAAAUGGGGAAAAAAGCUUGUGCUCGGCUUAGUGAAUCAAGCAGUAGCAGUGACAGUGAUGAAAUGUCCCCGAGUGAUGAAGAUGAGGAAGAUGGCCCCGACAUCCCAGCUUGCACUCCUCUGGCUGCCUUUUUGUCCUUCAAACAGGAGGCUGAGAGGAGGAGGGCCUCACAAGUUCAGCUGGAAACAACAGGAAAGCUGGCAGAUUCUCCCCUGGUGGCAGUGAUGUCCCACUUGCUGAGUUUUCUGGAGCAGUACUCUCACUUCCAGCAGCUGCAGCAGCAGGCCGACCAGUACCGGGUCCAGCUGAAGAGACACCGUGUCCAGCACCGCCGGCAGAUGAAGGCCCUGCGAGCCUCCUACCGCCAGCGCCUCAGGGACAAGAACAGCAUCAUCAGCAGCCUGGAGGAGGCCAUCAGCCAUCAGCAGACCCCCAGCCCACUGAGCGAGGGUGAGUCCAGCAGUGAUGCAGGGGCACAGGCUGGGGUUCACCAGCUGGUGGAGUCUCUGUACGGCCUGCAGGGCGAGAGGAGUAAGCUGAGAGGAGAGCUCCGUCUGCUGCACUCACAGCUGGAACAGAAGGAAAAAGACCGACACUCUCGCAUACAGGCCUUUCAGCAGCAGAUUGAUGAGCUGAAGAGCUGCAUAGAGGAGCGUGAGGAGGAGCUGUCGAGACUGAGAACUGCCACUGGGGCCACAGACUCAGAGAAGCGAGUGCUGUGUCUGUCGGCGGAGAACGAGAGUCUGAAACAAAGCCUGAGCGUCACUCAAGGCCUCCUGCAGCAGCUGUCAGCCAUCCCCUCCCAGUCCAGCACCAUGCUCAUCAAGGAGAACGAGAACCUCCGCAGCAGAGUGCAGCAGCUGGAGAUCUCCCUACAACAACGUGCUGAGCAGCUGUCACAACUGGAGCGACAGAGCGAACAGAGCGAGUGGAGGAGAGGAGAGGAGCUGAGGAAACGAGAGGAUAGAGUGAGGGAGCUGCAGCUGGAGUUGGACAGAGAGAGAGGAAAGGAGCCACUGGUGAAGUAUGUCACCCAGACUGUGGAGGUGGAAUCACCUGCCACACUAAAGCAGCUGACUAAAGCCAGACAGAGGAAUGAGCUGCUGUCUGAAAAGCUGUCCAAUCAGAAUAUGCGGUGCAAACAGCUGGAGGAGCAAAUCAGGAAGUCUGAUGAAUAUAGCUGUAAUCUGCAGCACAAGAUUGCAGCAUAUGAGCGAGAAAUCAGUAAACUGAGAGAGGAACUGCUGAAAGAGAUUGGCCAUUUGGAGGAGAGGAAGGAGGAGGCUGUGAAGGCUGCAGCUAGCUGCUCAGCAGAACACUUUCAGAACCUGCAGGACCAAUUCUUCGGCUUGCAGAAGCGUCUGACGGCCCUCCCACCGACUUUACGCUCCAUGAAGACAGACUACGCCAGUCUGAGGAGCCAAGUUCGAAACUUCUCAGACUUUUAUGGAGCAGCUAUAAACGAUGCAAAAAAACAGAUUACAGCAGCUAUCAGUGAGAUGUCCGAAGCCAACAAAGAUCUUCUGGAGAAAUAUAGGAAAGAAGUUGCACUGCGCAGGAAGUACCAUGAACAGCUGGUGGAGCUUAAAGGCAACAUCCGCGUGCUGUGUCGCGUGAAGCCCGUGCUGAAGGAGGACCAGCAUGAGGAGGGCCAGUCUGUGGUGGUGACGGCAGACCCCAACAACGAGUCCUCCCUCACUGUGCUGAACAAAGGGAAGGGUCGUAUCUUUGAACUGGAUAAGGUCUUCCACCCUCAGGCCACGCAGGAAGAGGUCUUUCAGGAGAUUGAACCUCUUGUGACGUCCUGCAUCGAUGGCUACCAUGUCUGCAUAUUUGCAUACGGACAGACUGGCUCUGGAAAGACCUACACCAUGGAGGGCAGUGUGGAGAACCCAGGCAUCAACCAGCGAGCACUGAAACAUCUCUUCAGUGAGAUCGAGGAGAGGAAGGACAUGUGGUCUUACACCGUCACUGUCAGUUCUGUGGAGAUCUACAACGAGGUGCUAAGAGACCUGCUGAGUAAGGACGGAGAAAAACUGGACAUAAAGAUCAACCCGGACGGAACAGGACAGCUGCAUGUGCCGGGCCUCAGGAUCGUCGAAGUCAAGAGCUUUCAGCACAUUAAGAAGAUUUUAGCCACAGCACGAAGAAACAGGAUCACCUUUGGCACUCAGAUGAACCAGCACAGCUCCCGCUCCCAUGCUCUGCUCUGCAUCACGGUUCAGGGCACUGACCUCGCCACAGGGUCCAAAACCACCGGCAAGCUGAACCUGGUGGACCUGGCUGGCUCGGAGAGAGUAUGCAAGUCUGGUGCAGAGGGAGAGAGGCUGAAGGAGGCCCAGAAUAUUAACCGCUCUCUGCUGGCACUGGGGGAUGUAAUUCAGGCACUGAGGGCUCGGCAGACUCACAUCCCUUUCAGGAACUCCCGCCUUACAUACUUAUUACAAGACUCUCUGGGCAAAGGCAGCAAGACUGUCAUGGUGGUGCAGGUGUCUGCUCUGGAGAGUAAUGUGGGAGAGACAUUGUGCUCACUGAAGUUUGCCCAGAGGGUGUGCAAGGUGGAACUGGGCCCUGCAGCCAGGAAGAUUGAAUCUGGUGGAGGGCAGUGCGACUGACAGCCUCAAAUCACCAGGGAGCCAUGACUGCAGCCGUCAGAUUAUCACCCACCCUACCAAUGAUUCAUAGAGCUACAGUUUCAACAAGAUCAACAGCAAUGCUGCUCAAGGGCUAAAUCUGUGGAGGUCUGUGUGGCACAUAAAUGAAGACCUGUGAUUGAGGUUAGGUAUUUAGGAUAUUGGCCUCCACUUUGCCAUUUUCCGCUUCCGACACAUGAUAACCCUUUAUUGUUAGAUAAUCUGCAUGCAGUGCCAAAACAACCUCUGACUCCCCCCUACGGUGUAAGAUUUGAUGCUUCCUUGAACUACAGUAUCUCAGUUUCUUUGUAUUAAAUACCAAAAUCCAGGAUAUACCAUAUCCUCCAUGAUCACCAGUGUUUAGAGCAGCAUCAUGUCCAGACAGGUUUAGUAAGCUUCCAGCGCCACAAUAUCAACACUUCCGUUUUUGCAGUAUUAAUCAUCUUGCUAUAAAUGUCUGUAGUUUGUGAGAUUCAUCUCCAAUGUUGUAUAUUUUUGAAGGUUUUAGUGUGUAGGAGAAUCUGUUUUAUAGCAAAAGUACAGACAUUUCCGUGACACUGACAUCACAUAUUUGUGUAGUUUUUGUGAACUUCAGAAAAAUAGUGACUGAAUUCUUUCUGUUUCUCUUUCGAGACUUGAUAAUUUGCCUUUUGAGUAAAGAGGAAAGUCGUUGAAGGGAGUGGGUGGCCUUUGUCCUAGACUGGUAAUAUAAUGAACUGUGCAAUAUCCUCCUUAUUGAGGAGACUGCUUGGGCCUAUGUGGACAGAAGAUGCACUUUAUUGUGAAAGGAGUGUUUCAGUUCAGAACAGGUAUUUAGGUGCUUGCAAUAGAUAUCACUAGUGAAUGUCAUACCAGAAACAGCUUAUUGUUAUCUGUUCAUCAUCAUUCCUCUAUUUAUCACCCACUGAAUCAAAACUAACUUGAUUCAAGUGUAGCAAGACAUUAAUGUUGCAGUAACUACCAUGCAGGUCAUUUCAUGAUGAUUAGAGUCAAUUUUCAGAUAACUUUCUGAAUAAACACAAUGUAUUUGAAACGUGUCUUUUUUCUCUUAUUGGACGAAUGAUUAGUCAUGCCACAAAACUGUGGAGUUCCUAGUUCAAAUUCCAUUGCCAUUCCGGCAAUUUAUCUUUAUGAAGAUAUUGAUGAUUUUUCUGUCAGUAUGAUAGCAGUAGUUUGAUUUGUCAGGUAUUUAAUUAGAUCGAUAGAAAAAAAGCAUUUUAUCAAUCCAAGUUUUUAAAUUGAUUUUUCCCACAUAAAGGGAAAAUACACAAAAAUAAUAA